AUGCCUCGAAAUACCCAAUUUCACCCAGACAGGGAACCCCUUCGAGAUCAUCCCAGCCUCGAACUCCGCCGAAACCAUGUCUCCGGCCCAAUGCCGUUCUUGAACCCAACGCGGGCGCGGUACGCACCCGCGCCAGGGAAUGCCUCAGCGGACCAGCCCACGCAAAGACCCACCAAACCCACCCCUGAAUUUGUGGAGCACCUCUGGCGAUCGCGCGACAAUCGCAAAGGAAGACAUGCGCUACAAGUGGACUAUGAGGCCGCGCGACAAGAUACCGCAAAUGCGCCGCCGGAACCUACAUCUACGAUCCGGGAGGCGGGGAAGGGGUUUAUACGGAUGGCUACAUAUGUGCCCUAUUGGGAUGUUUCGUAUCUUGUUGCUGUGACGUUCACUCUUGGUUCGGCUGUCUGGAUCAUCAAUGCCUUUUUCGUUUGGCAGCCGCUUGUGGAUCCGCAGACUGAGUUCUCUGGCGAGUCUUACGUGGGUGGUGGAGUUACCGGGUUCAUCGGUGCUACCAUCUUCGAGGUUGGAAGCGUCCUGCUACUUCUGGAAGCCGUCAAUGCACAUCAAACGGGGUGUUUUGGCUGGGCGCUUGAGACGGAAUUAAAAAAGGCGGAGGGCGAUGCAGUUCGGACUGUCAGGGUAAAGCCGGUUACGGAGGACUGUCAGCACCAUCAUGCGAACAAACGGAAUCUGGUAGGGGCUGGCAGACUUACCCAUCGUCUCUCUCAGGAUGCCGUGGAGGGGUAUUCCACGUCAUCUCCGGAUGGUAGAUCAUUCCGCUGGAUUCCAUCGCUGUCAGAGCUUCGGAGUCACUAUCUCCACGAACUGGGAUUUCUGGCAUCAGUGAUCCAGUUUUUGGCAGCAAGUAUUUUCUGGAUUGCGGGACUGACUGGUCUGCCCGGUAUUAUCAACCAUAUGAGCCAAGGUCUUACUGAUGGAAUCUACUGGGUGCCGCAGAUCGUCGGCGGUCUUGGCUUUAUCGUGAGCGGCCUACUGUUUACCCUUGAAACCCAGCCGAAAUGGUAUAUACCCGCCCCCAAGGUUCUGGGCUGGCAUAUCGGAGCCUGGAAUUUCAUCGGCGGGAUCGGUUUCACCCUUUGCGGUGCUUUAGGGCCAGGAACCAAUUCCUCAAAGGUGGAGUACCAGGCCACCCUUGCGACAUUCUGGGGAUCAUGGGCGUUUAUGAUCGGGUCCACAAUACAGUGGUAUGAAAGCCUUCAAAAGUACCCUGUGGAAAAGAAACGACUCUCGGAGAAAUCUGAUAAUUGA